CAAACGGAAACGGAUCAGUUCAGCAACUCAGUAACAUAUCUAGGUAUCUCCAGUUCAUUAUUAUUAUUCACCUCUCCUUUUCAAAGGAUGACGACUUUUGACUUCUCCGAUGUAGAGGCUUUUUUGGACUGCCACCCGGAUCUUUUUGAAGAGUACCUGAUCCGAAAGGGAAAAUGCGAUACGGUCAGCAGGUGGUUGAAGGAACACCAGCCGCCCAAGGUGUCACUGGCAGAGGACAAGCGGAGCGCCGCCAGGGACCCCUUCUGGCCCACAAACCCCGACGGGCUACAGCGGCGCUCCUCGCACAUGGAGCUCCGACGGAACUUUGCCCGGUCCAAAGCGAUGACAGCGCACCGAACCUACGACGAGCACGUUAGCCUCAGCGCCCACGAGUCCCAGUCCAGCAUGCGCCGCCGUGCGCUUCUGCGGAAAGCCAGCUCUCUGCCUCCGACCACGGCGCACAUUCUCAGCGCCCUGCUUGAAUCCCGGGUGAAUGUACCAAAGUACGCCUCCAGCGCGAUAGACUACAAAUACAGACUUAAGGAGUCCAACGAGAGGGAGUUUUUCCUGGAGCUGGUGAAAGACAUUUCCAACGAGUUGGACAUGACGAACCUCAGUUACAAGAUCCUGAUAAACGUGUGCAUCUUGGUGGACGCUGACAGGUGCUCGCUUUUUCUUGUAGAGGGGCCCUCUCAUAAGAGAACGCUUGUGUCCAAGUUUUUCGACGUGCACUCGGGGACCACGGUGCGUCCUUCCUCCAGCACCCUGGAUUCCAACGAGGUGCAGGUCCCGUGGGGGAAGGGUAUAAUUGGAUAUGUAGCCGAACACGGCGAGACUGUCAACAUACCGAACGCUUAUGAGGACCAUCGCUUCAGUGAUGAGAUCGAUAAACUAACUGGGUAUAAAACCCAGUCCAUUCUGUGCAUGACCAUCUGCAACAGCGACGGUGAAGUCAUCGGAGUGGUGCAGGCCAUCAACAAGAACCCCAGUGGCAUGCCCUUCACUGAGGAUGAUGAGAAGGUGCUGCAGAUGUAUCUACCAUUCUGUGGAAUAUCGAUCUCCAAUGCCAAGCUGUUCUCCGAAUCCCGCAAGGAGUAUGAGAGGAGUAGGGCUCUGUUGGAGGUGGUGAACGACCUGUUUGAGGAGCAGACGGACCUGGAGAAGAUCGUGCGGAAGAUCAUGCAGCGUGCCCUGACGCUGCUGCAGUGUGAGCGCUGCUCCGUGCUGCUGCUGGAGGACAUCCACUCACCCGUUGUGAAGUUCUCCAAGACAUUUGAGCUGAUGUCCCCCCUGUGUAGCGUUGAUCAGGAUAUCAGCAUGGAGAAGCUAUCCUGCUCUGAUUGGCUGAUCAAUAACAGCAUAGCAGAGCUGGUGGCAUCCACAGGCCUGCCCGUUAACAUCAGUGACGUCUGUCAUGACCCUCGCUUUGAUGCUGAGGUGGACCAAGCUUCAGGGUUCCACAUCCGCUCAGUUUUGUGUGUCCCUAUCUGGAAUCGGACCCAUCAGAUCAUCGGCGUUGCCCAGAUCCUGAACCGUCUCGACAGGAAGACCUUCAAUGAUGCUGAUCAAAGACUUUUUGAAGCAUUUGUGAUUUUCUGCGGGUUGGGAAUAAACAACACAAUGAUGUACAACCAGGUGAAGAAGACCUGGGCCAAGCAGUCCGUGGCUCUGGAUAUGCUGUCCUAUCAUGCCACGUGUUCCAAGGUGGAGGUGGAUCGGCUGAAGGCUGCAAAGAUCCCCCUGAGCAGCGAGCUUGGCAUAGAUGAGUUUCACUUCAAUGACUUCUCCUUGGACAAUGAUGCCAUGAUCACCGCCUCCCUGAGGAUGUUCCUGGAGCUGGGAGUGGUUCAGAAGUUUAAAAUUGACUACGAGGUCCUAUGUCGCUGGCUUUUGACUGUCAGGAAGAACUACCGCACUGUUGCCUACCACAACUGGCGUCAUGCUUUCAACGUCUCUCAGUGCAUGUUUGUCAUGAUCAAGACUGCUGGGUUCCAGGAUGUGCUGUUGGACUCAGAGACUCUGGCACUGAUGGUUGGGUGUCUGUGCCAUGACCUGGAUCAUCGUGGCACCAACAACGCCUUCCAGGCUAAGUCUGGAUCAGCCCUGGCACAGCUGUAUGGGACAUCUGCCACCCUGGAGCACCACCACUUCAACCAUGCUGUCAUGAUCCUGCAAAGUGAGGGUCAUAACAUUUUUGCCAAUCUUUGCUCCAAAGAGUACAGCAACAUGAUGCAGCUCCUGAAACAAGCCAUUCUCUCCACUGAUCUCACCCUGUAUUUCCAGAGAAGAACGAAGUUCUUUGAGUGGGUGCUAUCUGGGGAGUUCAGCUGGAAGGAUGAGGAGCACAGGGAGGUGCUCAGGUCCAUGCUAAUGACGGCGUGUGACUUGGGAGCAGUGACCCGACCCUGGGAAAUCUCCAAACAGGUGGCAGAGCUGGUGACCAGUGAGUUUUUCGAACAGGGUGACAGGGAGAGAUCAGAGCUGAAGCUGACCCCUUCUGCAAUCUUUGACCGAAACCGGAAGGAUGAGCUGCCUGCCCUGCAGUUGGAAUGGAUUGAUGGGAUUUGUAAACCACUAUACGAGGCUCUGGUAAAGCUGAACAGAAAGCUGCAGCCCAUGGUGGACGGGAUCAAUGCAAAUCGAAUGAAGUGGGAGGAGCUUUGUUCAUUGAAUCAGCAGACACAGAAAACUGCAGAGUCCAAUUCACUCGCAGUUGAAUAGUCAUUUGUGUAGCACGCUGGAGAUGGACAAUUCCUGUGCUGGGGGAGCUCAGCAUCCACUGAUGUUCAUUCUGCCACAUAGAAUUAUUUGGGUAAAAUUAAUAAUAACUCUAAAACCCACAAGGGCCUGGAAGUCUAGGUUUGCCCGUAUUUAAGAUGAGAAGCAGAUGAGAAUAGCCAUUGUGUGGAGACUGAGGUGACUCAGCUAGCAAGAUGCUCAUCUUGAGUACAGUCUGAGCGUUAAGACCCAGGUUUGAUUCCAGUUAUGUCAUCAUCUGCAAUAACCUGGGUAGGAAUGAAUAUAUCAGAAGGGUCUCCUCUUCUCACUGUUCUGAGUCACCCUUUCACUUGACAGGCGCCUGCAAGUUACUUUGAUGACAUCAGUGGAGUAGUGCUUAUCCUCCAGUUGAUGCCUAUUUCACUGUGAUGCACUGAGAGACCUGCAGUGUUUAAAAACAGCUGUUAGCUGGGUGCAGGUGUCUUGGCAGAUUGCAUUUUUCAUGGAUUACAGCACUUUCAACAGUCAGAUGAGCCAAAAUGUGCAAUUGCUAAUUCUACUCUACAGGAUUGUGGCAUUUUAAGUACACUUUAUUGCCCCACUCCAUACCCUUGACUAUGCUCAGAUAUUGCUACAUGUGUCAUUUUAACUACGUACUGAAUGUAUCUGAGAAUUCUGCAUUUCACCUAUGGUACCCUGCUGAAUACAGUAUGUUUGA